CCUUGCUGACCUUACUCUGUGACGAAAUACUCCAUGCAGACUUUGAUGUGGCGGAGGAUAUUGAAGAGAGUAUAGAAGACACACUACGCCGCCUAGUGUGAGCAGGUCGAGGAUGGACAUUCUCAUCGUCGGGGCUCUGCUCUGUGCUAUUCUCUUCAGCCUCUUCAGCUUCCUCGCGCCAUUCUUCUUCAACAGUGGGACUGGGUUCCCGACGUAACUGCUUGAUGACGGCUUUGGGCAAGAUGAAAUGAGCCUCACGCUGGAUAAAAGCUUCAGAAAGUUGACAGUUUGGUCCAGAAUAGAAUAGUACAACUCACCUGUGGAAGGUAAUCGUUCAAUGAGGCAUGGUUCGGGCCCAAUCUUAUUUCGUGGUGGCGAGCUCCUAGGGCGAGUAUCGGAGUCUUGAAAAGUGGAACCCAAGUUAACUAUCAAUGGAGCAUUGUUAUACAUUUCGCGGGUAAAGUUGGUGGUAUGACCACAGCGUGAGGGUCUCAGUGCCUCUAGGAGAGACCCAAAGAGCAAGCAUUGGGGGUGCGAUGCAGAAUGGCGUGGAUAGAGAGCUUGGCGGAAUCCGGAUGCUUGAUCGAAAUAGUAUACGGGCGUCUGACGCACUGCUUCACUCUUUCAGGUUCAACGUUUGGUAGGCUGUAGCAACCAUUGGUUGUCAGUGCCUCAUCGCAGGAGGCCGUUCAUCCGACCGACUUGGCAGCGAAGCAAAGUCGCGUGCGUAUGCAUGAAUACGUAGGCCUUAUUCAUUGUACCCGCAUCAGUAAAGUCUCUAGGACCCUCUCAGCGUUCAAGCAUAGUAGGGAUCAGAGAUGGCCUCCAAACGGAAUGAGUCGCAUAUUGAAAGAAAACGGCACUACGCUGGAGGAUCAGUCUCGUCUACUUCUGAUAUAGGACGUCCGCAGAAAAGACAGCGAGUCGAGGACAAUGGUUCCAAUGUAUCCUUCGCAAAGGUGGUAGUGACUUAUGAACCUCCUCCAGGAGAAAGUAAAACCACGCUGUAUAAUCAGCUUCGCACACUUGAUCCUUCUGGCCACUUUUCACGUCGAUUCCGAGAUGCCAAACGCGUCAUGAGCGCAUUGGGUAGUUCAGCAGCAGACUUAUAUUGGCGUCGUUGGAUGGAGUCUCUGGAUUCCGGUACACGAGAUGAAACUGAACAUUCCGUUCGUUCAGCUAUGCAUAACCUCAUAGAAUCAUGGACGUUCGAGAUGCCGACCUUGUUCUCCAAGUAUUCGUCUUCGAAUGUAUCAUCGCAGUUCUCAAAGUUCGUCCAAAUUCUUCAAUCUUGUGAGCCAUAUGCUGCAGACUUUCGUGGCAUUGUGAUAGGUGUGUUGCUUGCGUCAAACUCCAAAAGCUGGAAUUCUUACCUUGACGUAGUCAGGCAUAGCGCAGUCGCUACGAUGAUGGUGGAGAUGUUACAGUGCGUGGACGAAACUAUGGACACCAUUCGUCCUGCCGUAAUCAUCCCAUCGGAUACCCUUCGUGGCAAAAACGUAAACGAAAUUCUGGAACGCUUCGCAACUGGAACGUACAAUUUACUCAUACUUUCGAAGCAUACUGUGAACAUGAGUAUCAUACAACCUUCCGCAAUGGUGUGGUAUGACCUGUUUGGCGAACCGCGACCAUCCUUCAACUUCACGAGGCUGUUCGAAGGACACCGUUCUCAUAUGGUCUACAUGGCAGAAGCUGGAAAUGAUACGCACAAACAGCUGCUCUUGUCUUGGGGCACCUCUCCAUCACAGCGGAAGGAUUCCAGGGAACCAGCACGCGAAGAUGAAAGCAGUUGUCCCUUCAGUGAUGCAACUACCAGUGCUCCGACUGAUGAAGGAGAUGACGAGGAUGAAGAGCGCUAUAUUCAAGACCCCACUACGAACCGCCAACUUAGGCCUCGAGAUGCACAGGGCGUCCUAAUGCGGUUUUUAAGUGCAUCUACAAAUGACGACCAUUUGGACCUUGACCAUGUGUUUCAAGUGACACGGACUCAAAAUGGUCAAUAUCUUUGCAAAGUCAAGUUCCCGGAGGGGCUCCCUCAGGAUACCAUCACUGGCUUUCCCAAGCCGACGCCGGCUAAAGCCCAGAGAGAAGCUUCUUUCCUGGCUUGCCAGAGCCUCUUCCACCAUGGACUUCUGGAAUAUCCUCUUUUCCCCAAUGCUCAUGGUGGUUUACCAGAAAUACUUGACGACGCCACUGGUCCAGAAGCCAUUGCCGCCAGCGGCAUGCGCCGGUAUGCUAAAGCUACCCCCAUAUUCUGGACCAACUCGCUCUCCGCAAGCUCGCAAACACUUUAUCCCUUGGUAGUCAAGAUAGAGGGAACCCUAGGGAAUGCAGCGCAUGCUCCGGUCGUCGUCCUCACAAGGUUACCUUUCCCUCCUUUGCGACAAUCCGGCGUGUUCUCUGGAGGGGAAAAGGCCGUAGUCUCUUUUCAGCGUGGCGCGCCAUUGGAGGUAGAUGAAGACAAGCUACAUCUGCUUCACCUGUAUACCUUGCGAGUGUCCCGUACGCUUACGAAUAAAGAGCUAAAUUUCUCUGCUGAAGAGUUGCCGUAUUUCUGGGCUCCUCUUAAUUGUGAUUCCACAGAUGUGUUCCAGAGGAAAUCCGACGCAUGGGCGAGGCCCACAAUUUCUGAGCACAUACCAUGGGAUUUGGUCAGGACGGCUGCGGAAAACUGCUUAAAGCCGCUGGUCACCGAAGGCACCGAUCUCGAUGAAGCUUGUAAAGACGCCAUUGUCCAAGAUAGAUGGGUAGAAUUCACGAAUCGACACUACGUUGUUGAAGUGCGACAUGACCUUACUCCACUGAGCAAGGCGGAGGACAGUCCACGUGAAGCGGAUUUUGCUAGCUUCUUGGACUACUGCAAGACUCAUCGCAAGAAUUUCGAAGGGUUGCGAGACGAGAAUCAACCUAUGAUACAAGUGUCUCCGGUCGCUCCUUUGGUGGAUUACCUUAACCCUGUGGCUAAGCCAUAUAGAACCGCGCAACGGACACCUAUGAAGUAUCUCAUCCCUGAAUUGUGUUGCAAAUUCACGAUUCCAGCCAGUACUUUCCGAACAUUACAGAUACUACCGUCAAUUAUGCAUAGAAUCAGCGAUCAGCUACUUGCAAAGCAGCUGAACGACAACCUUUUCGAUAACCAGCUUUCCGAAGAGCAUCUUUUCGAAGCUCUAUUCCCUCCAUCCGCAGAUACAGAGUCCAGUUAUGAAAGGUUGGAACUCCUUGGGGAUGCAUAUUUGAAGUAUGUUGCCUCCGUCUAUCUGUAUGUCACAAUGCCCGGGAAACGUGAGAACACUUUACACGCUGCUCGUCGAGACAUUGUCAGCAACAAGACCUUGCAUACUGGCGCUGUGGCAAUAGGCCUUCCGGCUCUCAUUCGAGGCAAGCCAUUCCUGCCCAAGGUUUGGCAACCAACAAUACCUCGACAAGAUUCCGAACAGUCUGGUAUCUCAAAGCCUCCAUCAGCGAGUAGCGGUGAGAAUCAGGCGAAGAUGUCAAGAACGUCUGAUUCUGCUACCCAACCUGCAAAUCUUCCCCAACCCGAGGAUGUGACUCGCUCAACUAUGGCUAAGCGCGGCAAACGCAAGAAGCAGCAAGACGAACAAGCCAUUCAGUGGCUAGGAGACAAGACAGUGGCAGAUGUCGUCGAAGCAAUCAUUGGAGCAGCGUAUCUUUCCCGUGAUCGCGAUCUUGCUCUUCAAGUAGCCAAGCGUCUUAAUGUACCACUUCCUGGAGUUGAACGAUGGUCAGACUUGGAAUCAAAAUACAAUGUUCCCAGUGGGCAGCAAACAGUGCAAUUAUCAGCGCAAACAGUCAAAGCUGUCGAGGCUAUUGUCGGAUUUAAAUUCCGUCAGCCAGCACUUCUGGCUGAGGCAUUGACUCACAAUUCGAUUCAACAAAGCCAGCAGGUGGUUGGGUACGACAGGCUGGAAUAUCUUGGAGACGCCAUUUUGGACUUCUAUGUCGUGAAGAAUGUCUAUAAACGCUACCCACUAUUAUCGUCGGGAGGUCUUUCGAUGCUGAAGUCCGCAAUGGUCCUCAACACUACAUUGGCGACGAUUUGCGUGUUCACCGGGUUAUACGAGCAUAUUCAAUACGCCUCUCGCGACGUUGAGAAGUCUAUACAACUAUUCGCAAACAAGAUCAAAAUUCUUCGCGGCCAAGAACUCGAACAGGCAAAGGCAGAGGGACGUCAGCCAGGUCAGUACUGGCUAGAGGUUCCGGCCCCGAAGGUACUGUCAGACGUUGUGGAAGCCUUGCUUGGUGCACUGUUUGUCUCUGAAAGAUUUUCGGAGGUUGGCACAGAUGCAUUCUUCCAUAAGGUCUUGGAACCAUUCUUUAGUCAACACAUCAGGAUGCAAACGCUCUCUCACCAUCCUAAUAUUGCUUUAUACGAGUGGUUCCAAGCGGAAGGAUGUCAAGAACACCAGAUUGUCAAAAGCUGGGAGAACGAGCAAACCAGAUGUGACGUCGUCGUUCAUGACACGGUACUGGCUAGUGCAAUGGACCCCUCGCCCACUGUGGCUCGACGCAUGGUUGCAUUUUUUGCGCUUGAUGCACUGGAAGGGGACCCUCAGUUCAUGUCACGAAUAUGCAGUUGUCGAGUGAACAGGAUCAACAAGAAACUGCAAAAGCAACAACUGGGAUACGAAGACGAAGAUGAUGCACAGGCCGUAGAGAAUGUACUCGGACAGCUAGGGGAGAUAGAGUCUGAAUAAAUCAUUGUCGAUGUUCUAUUUGUGAAUGUGCGCGGAAUCUAUCCUCUAUCAUUCUCUAUCCUCUAAUUGGAACAAAGACGCGAUUAUGGGCAGAUUGAGGGUAUGGUCAUAAUAUAUUCUAUGAACGCAUCUAUUGGGCGCCCUCGAGUUUAUGAUCCUCCGCUGGACUUGCGGCUGUAAGGCGUAGGAAAAAAUGUUAGCGGACUCGAGGCGGGAAUAAACCAGACGCUUACAGUUGGUAAUAGGCAGCAAUGAAGGGAAUGCUGAAGCCAGUCAAGAGGUAAGAAACAAACUUGAGACCGAACGCAGUCCUGUUCUUCGUCUCGAAGGGGAGAUGCUGGCAUUCAUGUUGAGUCAGGGUUCAUCAGCACCGCUACGACCUUUUGACGUACCUUGUACUCUCCAGCGUGCAUAGACCGCGAGGGCACAGCAGUGGCCCGACGGAGGGCUACCUGGCGAAGGGGAAUACGAGCGGCGAAAAGGGACAUGGUGGUUAGAGGUAAAGGGCAAACGCGGGAAAGUCACUCGGGUGAAAACGCCAGUCGACGCUUUGAGGCCUGCAGGAAACUUGCGAAUAUUUAUAUUACGGCCUAUAAUUCGGUUUCACGUCGCCCAAUAGUAUCUCGAGAAGUUGGGCGCUUACGUUUCCUUCUACUGCCCGGCCAAUCAGACUACGUUGCUCCAGGCAAGCGCUCUUGCCCGGUGCAAGCUGAUUGGUGCACGAAAUUCUCAAGUGCCGGAGAUCGCUUUUAUGGAAAUUCAAGGUGCACAAUUUUCAGGCAAAAAAUAAAUGUCUAAUGUCGUAACCAUGUCAUCAUUUCCCAGUCAUGUCUAGAAUGCGUAAUAAGCCAAAAAAAAAACACCGUGC